CGGGAAAAGAGCAGCUCGUCAAGCACCUGUGGUAGAGGAGAGUGUGAGGCGGUGACCUGAGAGGAUCCAUCUCCUCACGGACUCCGAGCACUGAGGGACACAUGCAGUGAAUGUACAGCUGCAUGAUUCUUCGUGCAAAGUAUUACCAGAGGAACUUAAAACCAAAGGAGGAACAGGAAUUCAAACUGCACUGACCAAGAGCAGGACCUCAGCAGUGAUACAGAAUGGCGUCUGGUGAUCUGAGGGACGAGCUGAAUUGCUCCAUCUGCCUGAACCUCUAUACAGAUCCCGUAUCCCUGAGAUGUGGACACAACUUCUGCCGCUUGUGUAUUGCUCACGUGCUUGAUACACAGGAUGGGUCUAGAGGUUACUUAUGUCCUGACUGCAGAGCCGCAUAUCCAAAGCGUCCGGUCCUGGAGAAGAACAGGAAGCUGGGUAAUAUAGUGGAGCAUUUCUUAUCUACUCAGCCUGAUCUAGAGGAGACCAGAAUCUUCUGUACUUACUGUACAAAGGCUCCUGUCCCAGCUGUAAAGUCCUGUUUGCACUGUGAGAUCUCUCUAUGUGAUGAGCACCUGACAGCCCAUAACAAGACCCUGGAUCAUGUAUUAACAGAAUCAACCCGCUCCUUUGGCAACAAAAAAUGUCCCAUCCACAAGAAGGUUCUGGAGCUUUACUGUCCGCAGGACGCAUCUUGUCUGUGUGUGUUUUGCUGUCUGGUUGGUGAGCACAGGGGGCACCAGGUGGAUCUUCUAGAUGAGGCUUCUGAGAAAAAGAAGAAAAAACUGAGGAAAUAUCUGGAUGAAUUAAACUUACAAAAAGUAAAUAUUCAGACAAGAGUGCAGAAUCUGCACGAUCAUCAGAGGAAUAUCCACGAGAGAACUUCCUUUAAGAGGAAGAACAUGUGUGAAUUAUUUAUGGACAUUAAGAAGCAAUUGGAAAUGGCAGAGAAGAAAGUGCUGAGCGAGAUCUCCCGACAGGAGGAGAAGAUUGUGUCCCAGAUAUCUGAUCUGAUCAAGAAGCUGGAAAUAAAGGAAGUUGAGCUGUCCAGGCAGAUGUGUAACCUGGAGGAGAUGUGUAAUGUCACUGACCCUAUAAGACUCCUACAAGAAAGUGACAUUACAGUAUGUGGUCAUGGAGACGGUGAGAUCACACAGAAAGAUGAUCGAAAGAUCAAGUCUGAGGAGGAUUCUGAAGUUUGUGUGUAUGACACCAAAGUGCAGGAUAACAGGACUGACCAAAACAAUGUCCUACAAGAAUCAGGGCAAGAAGCGUCCCAUAGUGAUAAGAGUAUAGUAACAGAAGAAGCAGCUCCAGUCCUUGAUCUGGGUGAGACGGCUGAUGAUCUGGAUGAGGUUCUGAUCUCAAUGACCUUACACCGAUCUAUGAGGGAUAUUGUUACCAACGUAACACUACAGCUCGGGUUCCAGGUUCCAGAUAUAUCACUGGAUGUGGACACUGCCAAUAAUGAGGUGAAGAUAUCAGAAAAUCUGAAAAUGGCAAAAGAUUCAGAAAAAGAAAUGGACAGAACAGAAUCUCCAGGAAGGUUUCUGAUUUACUCCCAGGUAUUAAGCAGAUGUGUCCUCUCCUCAGGAAGACAUUACUGGGAGGUAGAGUGGAACCAGAUAGGAGAAUGUGACAUUGGAAUGUCCUAUCCUAGUAUAAAAAGGGAAGGAGAGGAGUCUGCUAUUGGAUAUAAUGAUAAAUCUUGGAGUUUGAAUAUGAAUGAUGGAGAAUACAUAGCAUUACACAACUCAUUUGAAUCAAAUCUUAAGUCUGAAUCAACAUGUCCAACACUUGGAGUCUUCUUAGACUACGAGGCCGGACGUCUGUCCUUCUAUGAGUUGUGUGACCCCAUCAGACACUUAUACACCUUCACCGCCUCCUUCACUGAACCCCUUCAUCCUGCCUUCUAUGUAUAUAGAGGGGCCUCUCUUACAAUAAGGAGUUGAGUCCGCUGCAUCCACAUAACAUAAUAUAUUUUUUUUCCUUUCCUCGGAUCCAGGCUUAAUGUUAUGAGCAAAAUAGAAAUGUUCUUAGUCCAUUAUCCUGAGACUAUGUUUUCCUUAUUUUUUUAUUUCUACGGCAUAUUUAUUGGUUUUCUAUAUUAUUAUUAGUUUAGAGUUUUGUGAAGCUGCAGAUGUUACAUUAUGGUCCCGGGCAGAUCUUCUUGUGGGAGUCACACUGUUCAGGAUGGAUUUUUAUGGUCUGCCAUACAGAGGUGCAGAGAGGUGGAGGCCGAUAAUAGUGAGCCAAAGGUGCAGCAUUCUGUAUCACCGAAGAACACAGGGACUAAGUUGGAUUAUGGGAGUUGAAGAGUUUCUAUUUUGGGUUUAACAUCAUAUUUUGUCAAUGUUGAUAAAUAAAGAUUUGUCACCAUAUUUCCUAUUGCUUGAUGC